UUUAUUUAUUACUGUACUUGACAUAACAAUAUUUUUCUUUUUCCAGGGCCAAGAGUUUUCGUGGAAAAAAGGUCCAUGGAGAAUAUGACAUAAAAGUGGAACAGGCAGAAUUUUCAGAGAUCAACCUGAUAGCCCAUGCUGAUGGCAAUUAUGCUAUAGACAUCCAGGUGUUUCGAAAUGGCACCAAAGUUGUCAGAUCAUUCAGACCUGAUUUUGUUCUUGUUCGACAACAUUCGUUCAGUAUGGCUGAGAAUGAAGAUUUCCGUAACUUAAUCAUUGGAAUGCAAUAUGCUGGCAUCCCGAGUAUUAACUCCCUUGAGUCAAUCUAUAACUUCUGUGACAAACCAUGGGUGUUUGCGCAGAUGGUGUCCAUCUACAAAACUCUGGGUCCUGAGAAGUUCCCUCUAAUUGCACAAACAUUUUACCCAAAUCACAAGGAAAUGUUAACAAUGCCAACAUUCCCUGUUGUUGUGAAGAUUGGACAUGCUCAUUCAGGCAUGGGAAAGGUCAAGGUGGACAACCACUACGAUUUUCAGGACAUAGCCAGUGUGGUAGCACUUACCCAGACCUAUGCUACCACUGAACCCUUCAUAGACUCCAAGUAUGACAUCAGGAUCCAAAAGAUAGGCAGUAACUACAAAGCAUACAUGCGGACUUCCAUAUCUGGAAACUGGAAGACAAAUACUGGCUCUGCAAUGUUGGAACAAAUUGCUAUGUCAGAUAAGUACAAGCUCUGGGUUGACACCUGCUCUGAACUGUUUGGUGGUUUGGAUAUCUGUGCUGUCAAAGCUGUACAUGGCAAGGAUGGAAAGGAUUAUAUUUUUGAGGUUAUGGACUGUGCAAUGCCUUUGAUUGGUGAACAUCAGGCUGAAGACAGGCAACAUAUAACUGAGCUGGUUGUAAGCAAAAUGAACCAAACAUUAUCCAAAACACCUAUACUUUCUCCUCAGAGACCCACUGCCACUCAACAGCCUCAGAGUGGACCACUUAAGGAGCCAGAGCCAAACAAACUCCCACCUCAGCGACCACCACCUCAAGGGGGCCCAGUGCAACCCCAAGGAAUGCAAUCACAAAGCCAGGAGCCAUUGCAACCACAGCGCAUGUUCCCCUCGGGGCAGUCAGCAAAGCCCUCAACUUCCCAGCCACAGCGUCCACCUGGACCUACAACUCAACAACCCCGUGCCAAGGCUCCAGGUCCUUCCAGUGCCGGAUUAUCAAUGGAAAAGGAACCAGAGCCACAGCCUGCUCCACAGCAGAAGCCUCAGUCUCAUCCACAACUUAACAAGUCACAGUCUUUGACAAAUGCCUUCAGUUUCACAGAAUCAUCCUUCUUUCGAUCAUCUGUGAAUGAGGAUGAAGCAAAAGCUGAAACUAUCCGAAACUUGAGGAAAUCCUUUGCUAGCCUUUUUUCUGAUUAGCCAGUUGUGCAUCAGUUUCAUCCAGGUGCAUAUAGUCUAGAAUUUAGUGAAUAUUAGUGUUUUUCCCCCUGUGAGCCAUCUUCCUUUCAACUGUUUCAAGUGUGUUAUUAAGCAAUAUGUUAAACUUCUGAAAAAAGGACUAUGAUGAGAUGAAAUUCAGGUACACUGUAUAAAAUCUAUAUAAAUGAUAGAAAGUUAUAUUAUUACAGAACGCUUAAUUUUAAGGUCCUUGUCAAUUGUAAUAUUGUGGCCUUAUUGUGACUGCACUAUUUAUCACACUAUUGGACUUUCCUUUAUAGAACUGUAGUAAUAAAGCACUGUGUCAAGGAGUUCCCCCUGCUUUACUCAUCUCCAGUGCACUGCAAUGCAUGUUUAUUUUGUGUGUAAAUGCUUUAUACUGCCAGGGUAUCGUUCUAACCUAACUUGUUCUUGCCUCACAUCCUUGAGAGGCAACUCAUACUGGUACUUCCUGUUCUGCCACUUUAAUAUUGUGAGAGACUAAAACAGUUUUCUCCUCUUUUGACAAUCCUUCCAUCUCCAGUGACUAUAGACUUCUGCUUGUGUUGCUGAGAGUUGUCCCUAUGCUAAAAGAAUGUCAUAAACAGAGUAUGUGUAUGUACUAUUGUAUCCUCACAUAUGUCCACUGAGCAUUUAUUUCCAACUUGUAACUAGUGAUCGGAGUUGUAAAGUAACAUGCAUGAUCUAUACUAUUAACCCUAUUUUUGUGUACAUCUUCUAAUAAAUGCAAAGCAUCAUGCUUGAUAAAAAGCA